AUGUCGGAAAUUUUUUCGGCUACUGCUUCUCCGGCUUGGCUUCUGACAAACUCUCCCAGCGGCGCCCAAACAUCCUUAUCAACAGUGACUGGCUCUUUGACAUUGCCUGCCGGCGCUGCGGCCACAUCUUUGAUGCUACAACCUGGUCUCUCAGCUAGCCUUACUGGUGCAUUAACAGCUCAUGGAUCACCGAGCCCCUCCGGCUUGACAUCUAACAGUAGCGGUGCUACAAGUGUUCUCGGUCAUUGUGGCGGAAACUGUAUCGGUGCUUCAAGCGGGGGCACUGGUGGUGUGCUUCGUCUUGCAGAUGUGGUCGAGGCAUUGCGUAUAGUACAGCAACAGACCUCAGCCUCGGCUUGCCAAAUGACGAGCCCUGCAACUACACCCGUUACGUCUUCCGCAAUGGCUAGUCAAACUUCGAUUAAUUCAAGUAUCUCCGGAACGACUAACUUACUUAGCUCUCCUGGUGUCGUGACCGGACAAAGUGCGGCUGGUCCAGGUACACUGGUCUCUGUCGGAGUUGGCUCGACUACCGCCGGCCUCAGCAACAUACCAACAUUAUCUUCAACUGGGCAGCAACAACAUCAACAACUUGGAUCAUCGAGUUCGAGCUCUUCUCCCAAUACCGUUCAGGUAUUUGGUUCAGGGCCACAUUUGCCCGCGAAUCUAGUUAGCCUAGUGGCUAACCUUGCUGCAUCGGGCAACCCAGUCGCUCUAGCAGCUGCUGCGGCCCUAAUGUCUAACAGCAGUAGCAACAGUAGCAUAACUGGUGGCCUUGGUAACAAUGCAUCUCCUGUCCAUAGUUCAUCCUCUUCUCUGCAGUCAGGUGGACAUAGUCAGGUGGCCGCUGUGAGCACGGCUACUUUGCCUGCUAGUCUGCUAGGCCAUUUAGCCUCAAAAUUUCCAUUAAUUGCCACAUCGGUAAGUGGAAACGGCACCUCUUUCCUCACUAGUCCCAUAAAUUCGACAACUGCCACCGGCUCCAGCAAUGGUAUAGGAAGUGUCAGUGGUAAUAGCACUGCUGCCACUAUCACUUUCACUACGGCUAACAAUGGCGGCAACAGUAACGCAUCAAGCGGCCAUCCAGGAGAACUGCUGACCCCACCGACUUCCUCUUCAUCCGCAACCGGUCUCAACGGUCUGGCGUUGGCUAGUGCCCAAGGACUUAUGUUCGCCAACUCCCGGACCUCACAGGUGACUGGACAACCGCGUGUUACCUCUCAGUCACAUUCACUUGCCUCCACUGGAUCCGUCAGCUCAAGUAUGCCAUCUACUUCUUUUUCGAUGCGGCUUAAUUCUACUGAUUGCCGUUUGGAUGAGAGUGCUUCAUCCUUAUCCACAACUGCGAUUGCUAGCAUUAAAGGCUGCAUUCAGACAGUACCAGGCUCGUCAGCCUUGAAUGAGCCCUCGAGUGAUGCAAGCACCACCGUAAACUCAAAUACUGAUUCAGCCACAGCUGCCGCUGCUACAGUCGCUCUCGCAUCGAGCAUUGAGCAAGCGCUCGAUAUGACGGUAGGUUUGUGUCAGUUAGUCGCAAAACGAGCAUAUCAAAUAAUCAGUAUGUAA